CAGGGACACGCUCCAUGACAAGCGUGUGUGUGUGUGUGUGUGUGUGUGUGUGUGUGUGUGCGCGCGGCGCGACACAAUGAGAUAAAAAGAUGACUUCCAUUCUUUGUAUCUUCUCGCACACACACACACUUGCCCGUGCACGAUUAGGCUUACAACACACGCGCGCGCGCACAUCCAUGCGCACGCGCAAACGCACCUACUCUGGCGUCCUCGUUCCAUCUUCAUCCAUCUCUCCCUCCCUCUCUCCUCUUGCUCUCUACGGGGGAUAGAUGGGAGGAGACGCUCCUGCUUCAGUGUGUUUUCCCUGCAGCGGGGUUUACGGUAACGGAGACGGAGAAGAAGAAAAAGGGCACCGCUCCUCUCGGUCACGGAUCCGUUCCUCCGGUGUGAUUUUCAUAACCGCACACUGACCUUUCUCUUUCCCGGUGUGCCCGCAUCUUGGCUUUCUUUUUUUUAUCUACAUGGAGGCGGAGCGAGGCAUCUUGUAACGAAACCUACCGAGGAGAUCUGACUGAAAACGGUGUAUGUGUGUUUGUGUGUGUGUGUGUGUGUGUGUGUGUGUGUAACCGACUUGGAUUUAAACCUUAACCGAAUGAUCCUACAAUGAGACACACUGCCCGGGUUGGUUUGCUCAUCUCCUCCGUUUUCUGGCCCCGCGGGUACUAAAGAUGCGGCUGGUCGUGCGGGUACCUGUCCUGGUUUCACACCGGCUCGGUUUGUCCCGGUAGACUGAUCCUGUCCGGUCCUGCGGUGUCCACAGGGGCCACCACUCAUUCUUUUUUUUUUCCCCCCAACCGGAUCCGCCACCAGCAGCCUGCCAGAUGGAUAACUACUCUACUUUACAACUGCAGUGUCUGGAAAUGACCACUAAGCGGAAGCUGAUUGGCCGGCUGGUGCCGUGCCGUUGUUUCCGUGGCGAAGAGGAAGUGAUCUCAGUGUUGGAUUACUCCCACUGCAGCCUGCAGCAGGUCCCCAAGGAAAUCUUCAGCUUCGAGAGAACUCUGGAGGAGCUCUACCUCGACGCCAACCAGAUUGAGGAACUACCCAAGCAACUCUUCAACUGCCAGGCCUUGAAGAAGCUGAGCAUGCCCGAUAACGACCUGUCCAACCUGCCCACCACCAUCGCCAGCUUGGUUAACCUCAAAGAGCUAGACAUCAGUAAAAACGGUAUCCAGGAGUUUCCAGACAAUAUAAAAUGCUGUAAAGGCCUGUCUGUGGUGGAGGCCAGUGUCAACCCUAUCACCAAACUCCCAGAUGGUUUUACGCAGCUCCUGAAUCUGACCCAGCUCUUCUUAAACGAUGCCUUCUUAGAGUAUCUGCCGGCUAACUUUGGCAGACUCUCCAAACUACGGAUCCUGGAGCUCAGAGAGAACCACCUGAAAACCAUGCCAAAGUCCAUCCAUAGACUGACACAGUUGGAAAGGUUGGAUCUGGGUAGCAAUGAAUUCACUGAAAUGCCGGAGGUGUUGGAACAGAUCCACAACCUAAGAGAGCUGUGGCUGGAUAACAACUCUCUACAGUGUGUACCAGGGUCGAUAGGAAAACUUCGUCAGUUGCGGUACUUUGACUUAGCUAAGAAUCGUAUUGAGACGUUGGACACAGAUAUUUCAGGCUGUGAGGCCUUAGAAGACCUGCUGCUAUCCUCCAACAUGUUGCAGCACCUCCCUGACUCUAUAGGAAUGCUGAAGAAGCUGACAACAUUGAAGGUAGAUGACAACCAGCUGACCUCACUGCCUAGCACCAUUGGAAGUGCGAAGCCCAAGCACGGUCUGUCUCUAUUGGAGGAGUUGGACUGUAGUUGUAAUGAGUUGGAGUCGUUGCCUCCCACUAUCGGCUACCUGCACAGCCUGAGGACCUUUGCUGCUGAUGAGAACUUCCUCUCAGAGCUGCCCCGGGAGAUCGGUAACUGUAAGAAUGUGACGGUAAUGUCGCUGCGGUCCAACAAACUGGAGUUUCUUCCUGAUGAGAUCGGACAGAUGACCAAACUACGAGUCCUUAACCUCAGUGACAACAGGUUAAAGAAUCUACCGUUUACCUUUACUAAGCUGAAGGACCUGGCAGCUCUCUGGCUCUCUGACAAUCAGUCUAAGGCUCUGAUCCCACUGCAGACAGAAGCCCACCCUGAAACCAAACAGAAGGUUUUGACCAACUACAUGUUUCCUCAGCAACCGCGGCAUGACGAGGAUUACCAGUCAGACAGUGACAGCUUUAAUCCUACUCUGUGGGAGGAGCAGAGACAGCAGAGGAUGACCGUGGCCUUUGACUUUGAGGACAAGAAAGAAGAGGAAGACAACUCUGGGAAGGUCAAGGUGGAGAUAAACCUCAAGCGCUACCCAACACCCUACCCUGAGGACCUUAAGAACAUGGUCAAGUCAGUGCAAAGCCUCGUGGGUAAGAGCGUACACACCGGACACGGGCACCCGCACCAGCAUCAACACCAGCACCAGCACCAGCACCAGCUGAGCACAGGCACUGCCACCUCGGCAGGAACCAACAUGGAACACACACACCUCAGCAAAGACCAGUACGAACCACCGUGGCCCCUGCCUCCGAAAGAGGUGACAGACAGAGAGAUGCAGGACUUCUCUCAGUCUCAGCUAAUGGAUCAGGGAUCAAUGCAUAACUCUGGCAUUGACAUUCCCAAGAGGAAGGACAAAGAAGACCUGACAGAGAGCUCUGAGGACUCGAUGGGUGGCUCUCCCAACGACAUCCGCAUCUCUGACAUGAGGCCCACCCUGGUGGAGCCACCUAUGUACAAACCAAAGGUGGUGCUGCUGGGGAAGGACAAGAAAGAGUCCACAGAUGAGGAGGUGGAUAAGCUCCACUGUCUGAACCACAGCGGCUCCUCAGCCACCUACUCCGACUACUCUCCCUCACAGGGCUCCUCCGGCUCCUCCAACCCACCCGGCAACGCGCACUCACACACACUCUCUCACGCACACCCACACGCUCCCGCCCUACCGGCCCCAAGCAAGGACCAGGCCCCUCAAACACACUGGACCAACAGACUGGCUCAGUCGUUCCCCAAACCCAUUGACUCCAAGCCCCUGCUAUCUCAGAGAGAAACUCCUCCAUCAGGAACCCUGCAGCAGCGCGGGGAUCGACGCCCGCUGAGCGAGCCUUUUGAUUGGUCCGAGGCCCCUCACUAUGACAACACAGGUUUUGAUGCUGAGGAGUCUCCUCUGGACCCUCCAUCUUCUACUGGGAGUCAGGGAAACCCACCUCUGGGCUCCAAACCUCGCAGCCAGUCAACACACGGGCGCCGCCCCCUCCUCAGGCAGGAGCGAAUCGUAGGAGUACCUCUGGAGCUGGACACUCAGACACUCCCCUUCCACGGCAACCAACGCUCCACUCCGGACAAUGACCCACAAUCCUCUGGACAUCCUUCCCAGAAUCCUUGGCAGAACUGGACCAGAACCCCCAGCCCGCUGGAGGACCGAACUGCUUUUCCCUCCAAACUGGACUUGACGCCCACCUCCAGCCCCAACCCUGACCGCAAGGACAUGGACCAAAGGAUGGAACAAGGUGCAGGGCCUUUGCCUGGAAGUUGGACGUACCAUGACAAUCAGGGGGAGCAGAACAGGAAGGAUCAGCUUAGUGUCAGCGGGGGCAACAAGGUGACCGUGGUGAUGAGUAAAAGCUCGGACCGCCUGUCCCCCAUGAUGAGGGAGACAAGAUCCAAGUUUAAGAAGUCACAGAGCAUUGAUGAGAUUGACAUUGGCUCCUACAAGGUCUAUAGUAUCCCCAUGGACAGCUACAGUUCAUCCAUUGAGCAGCAGACUAGUUUGGACCGUCAAGAGUUGCCUGGUUCUAUGGAGCAGACCAACAUGUCACGGUCACAGUCUGCCCCCAUGUUAGAUGAUGACCUGGUCUUCCCAGGACAAGGCAACCAGAACCAGUCGGGACAGAACCAAAAACCUGCUAUCCCACAGAAGGCCUACCACUUUGACCAUAACUACAACCCCCAGGUGACCAUGGACCGUCGGGUCCCUCCCCCCUUCCCCAACACACCAGACUACGUCAACCACUCAUCGAAGGCCUUGGAGUACAUCAAUCAACCAGGGAAGACAUUACCCAAGGAGCUGGUGAGCCCUCGGUAUCGUGCGUAUCCACCACUUGAGAUGUUUUCUUUCCCCCAAUCACCAAUCACCCAGGAUGGUCAGCCCAGCCAGCAUCAGCAGCCAGUCCCAACACAGCGCUCCAGGCCUGGAUUUUUGAGGAGAGCAGAUUCAUUGGUGAGCUCCACAGAGCUCGCUUUGUUCCGCAGAGUCCAUGAAGCCCAGCAGGAGGCGCUGCAGGAAGCUCAGUACAGACAGCAGGCGGACCCCCCUCUUUAUGGCCGGGCUCUGCCCUACUCCACCCAAAUGGAGCACUCUGCCCUCACCAACAUGGCCGACAGCCAGAGCCAGAUGAUGCACAACAAGAGAAACGGUCGCUACGAUGACGACUAUCCCACAUACCAGGAACAGAAGAAGCCCAUGAUUGGCUAUCCGACCAAGAGCCUGACUCAGCGUCGCCCCCUGUCUGCCAGGAGCUACAGUACUGAGACCUACGGAGCAUCUCAGGCCCGUCCAGUGUCAGCUCGUCCUACCAUGGCUGCCCUGCUGGAGAAAAUGCCUCCUGACUACACACUGGCAACCUGCCCUGAGAAACCAUCUGACGACACCAUCAAAGUAAGACCUGUGGUAGCACAGAAGCCUGAAGACAUCACCUCCAGGAUGCCUGCCGAUUGGAGGCAACAGCUACUUAGGCACAUAGAAGCCAAACGAUUGGACAGGAGUGGUGUCCUAAAGCACAACACGCUCACGCUGGGCAUGCUCUGUCAGGGCGGGGGUCACGGCCAGGGGCGCAGCAGCACUUUGAACUUUAACCUUUACAAUAACACUAAGCAUGAGCCCCCUGCUGGCCGCUGGCUGCCACUACCUCCUCCUCCGUCUGCUAACGCUACUCCCUCUCAGCAGGCUGCCAUGCUGGAUAACGAUCAGGAGGGAAUGUCAGGGAGCAACCAGUGGGCUCCCUACUCACUUGGCAGGAGGGACGUCCCACCUGACAACCUCGUGAAAAAGAGUGCCCACUCUCACAACCCUUCACACCAAUCACACAACACCAUGAUUGUCACUUCCUCUUCCUCCUCCUCAUCCACUACACCUCAUCGUGUGGUCGUGCAGCAGGGCUACGACGGAAUGAUGAACAAAGGGGGCCAAUACCAACCAGGGAUGCCCUUGUCAGUGGUUCCCUCUGGGGGGCAGUACCAAGGCAACAUGUCUCAAGGCCAUCCUGCUUCUGGACAGGGUUACCCUAGCGCCAGCAUGGCUAUGUCCCCAUCUGGGAACCAACCCCAGUACAACCCCCAUUCCUCCCACACAUCCCAUCAGCCGGCCACCAACCCUCAGUACCACGGCAACCAGGUCAUGGUCCAUAGUAACCAGGGCAUGGUCCAUAGCAAUCAGGUUGUCAUGACCCACACCAACCCACGGCCUCAGAGCGCUCGCUGCCUGUUGCAGACCAAAGGCCAAAAGAGCACGGAUGGUUUCCAGGAACAGUUGUGUGUGAGAAUAGAGAAGAACCCUGGUCUUGGUUUCAGUAUCUCUGGUGGCAUCAGCGGCCAGGGGAACCCCUUCAAACCCUCCGACAUGGGUAUCUUUGUUACUAGGGUACAGCAUGACGGGCCCGCUGCCUCCGCCCUGCAGCCCGGAGACAAGAUUCUGCAGGCUAACGGACAUAGUUUUUUACACAUGGAGCACGAGACAGCCGUCUCUCUGCUGAAGAGUUUCCAGCGGACGGUGGACUUGGUGGUUCUGAGAGACAGCAGCACGUGCUAAAAAAAUAGUUUUAUAACAAACAAACAAACAAAACACAACAACGCUUCUCUACUCUGCUCAUCGCCAUCCCAUGCCACCCCACCUGCCCUCCGCUGGAGGCUUGUGGAACUGAAAAAUGAGCCGCCUUUUUUACCUUUUUAGGGGAACACACAGACAUUUAUUUGCCUAUUGCUGGACCAAAGGCAAAUACUAGUGCCAAAUGUACCAUAGGAAACAUAUCGGCUCUUCUGUCUACCGGCGGUCAGGGACCUGAUCGACGGCUGGACGGACCACAAGAGGACUCUUUGAGUUCCUACAGGGCUGCUGCAGUUUGGAUUUUGUGGUUGUUAAUUAGGCAGUCACCUGAUCAGUCAGUCUGAAUAGUUUUUGUUUGGUUAAUUAGCAUUCUGGGGUAUUUUUGCUUCUCUCCACUGCCUUUUAUUUUGCUGUCCAUGGUAGAUAUUUAAUGAUUUGUUUGGUGUAGCACAUGAAUCACUCUCCCUGUUCUUCAUUGUUCUUCUUUGUUUUCUUUUCUGUUGUCUCCUGCUCUGUUCUUCUCUUUCUUUCACUGUCUUGUGUUUUAUUCUUUUCUGCUGUCUCCUGUUCUGUUCUGCAGGUAUUAUUGCCUCCUGUGUACAGAAAUUGAAAACUUAAGAUUUUCUGCCUUGUGUACAUACAUAGAGCUGCGGCUUUCUACAGCUGCACUUUCCUUGGGGCCUGGACAGACAGCUCUAAAAGUUUAUGAUUAAUAUAAAUAUUGUCGAUAAACCACAUUCUGAAUUCUCUCUUAUGAACAUACAGGGAUUAUUUCUCCAAAUGGACAAUUUUCUAAAGUAUAACACUGAUUUUUUUUUUCUCUUCUGUAAAGAAAACACUGUUGAUAGUUCAUUACUGCUACUCUUUCUUUGGUUUUGAUUUUGUUUUUAAAACUGUUGCUUGCACAGCUGUGCCGAAAAGAGCUAAAGCAAUACUCCUGAGGCUCGACCCAUUGAGAUUUUCAGCAGAGCCUAACCUGUCCUACAGUGCCAUCUAUUGAGCAAGUCAUGCUAAUGUUUACACACACUGCCAUGCACAUAAGCUAACAGGCAAACACAUAUAAUGUAGACAUAUGUGCCCCCAUACACAACACAUAUGCAGUGGUGCGCGCUGUGCACUGUUCAUAAUGAAGCCCUCUAUAUUCUAGCCUGAUUUUACAAUUCAAUUGCUAUAAAAAACUCACACACACUGUAACAUUAUUCAUAUUAUAUAUGUGCCAUAUUUUGAAGUCCUGUUUUCUAGUAUUGUUAAGGCAAUGUCUCAUCCUUUUUUAGCUGUUUAAGUUGUAUGAUAAUGUCACAGCAUGCUUUCAUGUCACUGGUCACUGUCAGCCAGACAUUUUCUGUUGGCUUCUGGAGUUCUCUACUCUGUGGAAGACUCUAGAUGUAUUAUACCACUGAGUGUCAGUGAGACUGAUGUUCUUACAGUUGGUGCCAUAUGGACCCUCUGCCCCUCCCUGGUUGUAUUUACACAGGCCCGAAACAUCAGAGCUUUACCUCUUUGUGGCCCAGAUCUGAUCUGAACACAGUGAGAGCAGCAGCGAGGCUUUAGUGACAUUUGGCUUGGCCUUCAAAUCCAAGCAACUGCUCUGCUGAAGUGUCCUGACCUCUGGCCUCCCCGCAGAAAGCAGCAAGAGGAAAGAGAAUGUCCCUACAGGAAUCAGUAAGGUAUAAUACAGUGUUACUGUCUUAAUGGGUAAAUCUGCAGUCAGCCAGAUUUCCCCUUUUUAGACAAUCAGGAAAUGAUCUGGUCUGUGCCACAAAGGCUUUUGGCUACACUUGAAAUUUCAGUGUAACUUUUGUAACCUGAGGAGAUGCUAGUUAACACUAGGUGUACAUGGGAAUUUAGAUUUUUCAACCUGGUUGGUAAAUGUUCCAAAUGAUAUGCGGAUAUGGAAAGAAAAUAAUGCUGGCUCAGAUGUAGAAACUGAGAUUGUGCGUGAGGUUUCUGGAGUCAUGUCAGUGUGGUCUUAUAAAAUCUGACCUUCAUGAUAAUGCCUCAGAAGCUUUAUGACAGAAGUAACCAUGGAAAAAGAGCGAAGAGGUUCAUUUUCUGUCUUCGUGUAAAUGCAACACGUGUCUUGAAGACGUUUCAUGGCGGUGAGUUUUGUUUUGUUCUGUAAAACAUCUGAUGUUUCAUCCAGAGCAAAACAACAUCCUUCGCUGUCCUUUGCUUUUACUUGACAUGACAGUGUCACCCUGUGCCCAUUUUGUGUCAGCCCUCUUAAUAAGCAUUAGACUUUAGUUAAUUCAAUAUAAGGGACACAAAAUGGCACAGUUUAAUCCUGUGGUUGAGAGAAUUGAUCUUAAUCACAGGUACCCACCCAACCCUAUUUAGAGUUUGAAAUAUCAAAGAUAUUGUGAAGAGAACAGAGAAAAAGGUUUGAUAAUAUAAUUAUUUUUUACUACAUGUUUCAGGUAAUUCUUUCUAAAUAUAUUGAUAUACCUUAGCUUUGCUCAAAAAUUGUGAUAUUUUAUAAUAAUGACACUUAUAACAAAGUUAUGGAUGGAAGUACGCACAGUAUGACUUGGAGACCUACACAUGUACUAUCCAAAACUGUAUAAAAUGUAUUUCUACUGUAAUUGUGAAUUUGUGUUAUACAAAUAUAUAUUAUAUAUAUAUGUAUAUGACUAUAAAAACAGUCAUUUUCUAUGUGUUUAAACUACAUAAGAGCUGAACAAAUGCUGAGGACGGUGUCACUGUACAUAGCUGUGAAUGAAAUCCAAUUUAAAAUGACUCAUAUUGAUUGUGAAUGUACUCAUGCUUUCUGCAGUACCUACACCUACCCAACUUGAAUGCUGCUUCUUCUGUUGUGUGACAAAAAGUACUUUGACCUCCGAAGAGAGAACCGCUGUUGAGUUAUAAGUUGGACAAAUUUUAGUGACGAUUUAACAGAACUAUUUAUUUCUUUAUUUAUUUGCACAUGCAAGUUGAAAUCCUUCCAGUUUUAAGUUUGAGUAUUAAUGCGGAGAAAUGUAAUUGCAGAAUUAUAUAUAAUAUAUAUCAUGUGUUUAGAAUGCAUUUUGCAGACGCUAUCUGUACAUACUAUUUAAGAUACAGUUUUUACAAAAAAUAAUAUAUGUAUAAAAUUGAAAAAAUGCUGUGCAGCGAUUAUACUGGAGCCAUUUUGGGCUUUGGGACGUACCAUUUUUUCAGUAUAUAAGAAGUGUUUUGAAUAAUGUACUAAAGUCUCUAUUGUACAAAUAAUAAAAAUGUCACUAUUGGUAA